AUGGAAGAUUAUUCUAUCAAUAGCUAUGAAAUGGCUGUUCAAUCUGCGGAUAAAAUCUCAACAGAUGAGAAAUCGACGUUUUCUAAGUUAAGCCGUCGUAAAACAAUCUAUGGAAUUAUUAUUGUACUCGCAACGGCUGUUACUUUUAGUCUUUUUAACCAAUUUGGAAAGGUUACAGUCUCAACUGAGAGUAAUUUCACUUCGAUGACUUUCUUUACUUGGGUUUCAGCUUCAACUACCAUACUCACUUUUCCAAUCCAUGCCAUAUUGUUAAUGAUUUUUAAGGGUGAAAGCUUACGCCAAAUAUAUAGAGAAUCAAUAAAAAUUUGUCCACGCAAAGAUAUCAAAAAAGUAUUUUGGUUACGCUUGUUACCAUUAGCCAUAAAUAUGAAUAUGGUUAUCGUAUUAAACUAUUACCCUUUAAAUUUUACGGCCCCAACCGAUGUUACAGCAGUUUUUUCAUCGGUACUCGGCAUGGUUUAUGUGCUAUCUAUCAUAUUUUUGAAAGAGCCAUUUAUAUUGCUUAGGGCAUUCGCAGUAUGCUUAUCUACGGCAGGCGUCAUAUUGUUUGCUUACGACGAUGGUUUUGGCUCAUUCGCCGCAAUAGGCGUCAUUUUAUCCACAUUAUUUGCUUUAGCUGCUGCUUGUUUUCGAGUUCAUACAAAAGUUUUCAUUGGUGAUGCAUCGGCAAUUCAAGGGUCAAUGCUGUUAUCAAUUAUUAGUGUCCUUAAUUUAUUGUUUGGUUGGAUAUCUGUUAUCAUAUUUCAUUUUGCGGGAAUUGAAAAUCUUAUGUGGUCUGAAGUUCCUUGGGAACCUCUAAUGAUUACAAAUUUAUUUAAUAUGUUAUAUACCGGCUCAGUUAUUAUUGGAGUCGCCGUUACAUAUCCUGUAUUCAUUUCGCUUGGUGCUCUCUUUGGAAUACCGAUUAAUGCAGUUAUUGACGUAAUCUUCCGUAAUGAAUCGUUUUCUGUAUUAAAAAUAUUUAGUACAUUGUUAUUAGCUUUAGGAUUUUUAAUUUUAUUAAUACCUUUGGAAAAGGCUCAGUGGAUAUCAAAAAUGCCAAUUAACUUACUAAUGUGUAGACGUCGAAAAACAUAA